AUGGGAGUGAUGUGUCAGAUAUUAUUGGACAGACCUGAAGAUGGUGUCUUCAAGGCAGGAGGACUGGUGACGGGAACAUUGAAGUACUUCAUAGACAAACCAACGCAGUACAGAAGUAUAACCAUGUGCUUUCUGGGAAAAGGACAAUGUGAGUGGACAGAAACUGAUUCAAAUAAAAAUACCGUUUAUUAUAGAAAUGAAGAGAAUUACUUGAACCAGACAGUUGAUAUAUUACCAAAUAGAGAUGAUUUUAUAUUAGGUGGUUUUGAAUAUCCAUUCCGAUUCAUAUUGCCUAUUGAUAUACCGCCAUCUUUUAACAAUGACACGUGCACCAUUGAAUACAAAAUCACCGUGACAUUCGUGAAGGCAAACUCUACGUUAAAAAAAGAAUUUGAUGUAGAAAUACCUGUGAGUAGUUACGUCAACCCAUGCUCACUAGAACCAAUGAUAUUUGCUUUGAAGAAAAACCUCUCUUUUAGGAUUAAAAAUAAAAUUCACGUUAAAGGAGAAAUAAUCAAAACUUGUGUAAGUCCUGGUGAUAAUAUCCAAAUGAUACUUACAGUAAACAAUGGAUCAGAUGUAGAAGUUUUUAUAAAAACUGAACUUAUCAAACGUUUGACUUAUGUAUCAAGCUGUAAUAAUAAAGAAUUUCAUGAAAAAAGCGUGAAGAAUACGAGUACAAUAACAGCUGUAGCUGCAAAUGGAGUCGCAAAUUUGGUAUGUGUGGUUCCAACAUAUCAUAAUUUAUGCUCCAUACAACAUACAAAAGUAAUGAUGGGUGAAUACAAGAUCAGGCUUACAGCUAAAGUUCCUUUUCCUCACAUCAAUGCUGUGUUGGAUAUACCAGUGGCUAUUGGGCCAAGAAAACAUGAACUUAUACCACCAGCUGCAAUGUACUACCAAUACAAUAGAGAACAACCAUCUUGUUCAGAAAUGUCUGCACCUAACAACGAUGAUCAAAGCGAGGAAGCUUCUACUAAAUAUGAAAAGCAAAAUUUAAAUGACGAUGGUGAAGAAAUAGUUACAUUUAACAAUGAAAGACUUGGUGAAAAACAAAUUGAUUGUAUUGAAACAAAUGAAGACAACGAUGAUUUUGAUAAGUAUCAUAAUCACAAUAAUGAACUGCAAGCCAGGUGA